CGUCCUCCGCGUCUGCGUCAUGGCUAUAGGGACGAGCCUCUUCCAUGGCUGACGACGAAAGGGAAUAGCUAAAUUGCAAGCAUUCCGUGAAGCUAAGUGUUCGACGAUUGCGCUUUGAGUGUAGGUACUCCACAGAAGAUUGUCUGACCACAUUUUGAAUCUCCACGCAUGAAGCCAAGCAGAGCUUAUGGAGAUGGUCAUGGCAGUGGGGCCAGAGAAGGUAAUUAUUCCCCCAACUCAAAAACAAGAAGAGACCCCCAUGGCCACCCAGGAAAGCCCCAUGAAAACUGGAGAGAGUCAAGGGGUCGAGGUCGACCCCCACCGAACAGAAGAGUCCCACUGAUGGAAGACCAGCGAGAGCCACGUUUUAAUAACUGGAGGGCACAAAAUUCGGAUUCUUAUCAAUCAUAUUCUCCUAAAAUGGAACCGCAUCACAGCCAUCACAGGAGACCGCCUUCAUCCAGACCAAACCGCUCCCCGCAUACCCAGCAUCAGUCAUCAUCCCGCAGUCCUGCACGAGGGUCCCCGGGUCAUAGGGGGCCUCCUCCCCAUGGCCACUCCUCAGCUCACAGGUCACCCUCCCCGAGACGUUUUCGAGGCCAUCCCGGCGACAAGAGGCCCGGCGGCCCUGCACCUGCCUAUCAGGGUUCUUUCAGGGACCACAAAAGAGAGCCUGGUUUCCCCCACCAGGAGCAUAGGUAUCGAGGCCCUCGUGGGGAUGUGAGUCCAAGGGAGAGGCCCUUCGUGGACUCUGGCCACAGCAAGAAGCGAUGGAACGACACCGGAGCCUUCUCUCAUCCACACAAUGGCCAACACGGGCCUUCGGGGCCUCAUCGGAGCCCGAGGGAGAUGCAUGGGAGAGGCUCGUUUCCAGAGAGGUGGUCAUCUGAGCAAGACUCCAGAAGGCAGCGUGGUCCCAUGGAGAGGCAGGGUGGCAGACCCCACAGCAUGGAGAGUGCAAAAGAUGUUCCUCGCCUGCCCCUUUUCAGACCCCCACCUUGGAAAGGAGGCCCGCCGCCCUCAUCGUCCUUCCACAGGAGCCCCCAGGACAGGCAACUGACGGGUCCCCGCAAGAGGAGACUAUCAGAUGUCAGCAUGUCCUCUUCAAGCCCGUCACAGGAUCACAGUGGCCCAAAAUACCCCAGAAGAGAGAGAAUCCCACUCCUCAGUAUUCCCAGACCAUUUGGUGGUAGACCUUUAUCACUUAGGGAUAAAAGUUUCAUAUUUAAAGGCAGACAAAUGAGAUUUGAGUCUCCCAUGAGACUAAGAAUUCCUCCGCCUUUUAGACCCAGACCACAUCCGGGUGACAUUCCCCUUCGGGGACCACCCAGCUCUAUUCUUGCUAUGAGGAAGAAACGCUUCCAGGGUAAUCCGGUUCCUCUGAAAAGGCUGCAACCAAGGGACACAAGAGCUCAACAGUCCCCCGACAGAGAUGAAGAGAAAGCCAGCAGGUCCCUGCGAGAGACUAAUACCAGAAAAGAACAGGUGGAGUCUCGUCGCUCCUUGAAUACUCACAGAUCUUCCCCCAUCGAGAAACGAGACCUUGUCGUCGUGUCUCACUGGGCAGCCGGCCCGAGCACGUCCAAGGAAGACUCUCCCGCGAAAGAACGUAGCCCAAAGUCAAAAACUGACGCGUCUCUGAAUAGCUCAUCAUCAAAAGCUGACUCAAGGUCCCAUUCGCUCGACAGAAAACGAGGAUAUCUGGAGAGAAGAACGUUCAGGCCACUUAAUUUAAUGGCCGACCGGCCCUUCAAAAGACCUGGACCCAUGCAAAGACCAAAGUUUCCCGGCCCGAGGAGACCUGGCCCUGAGCCGUCUGGGAAUUUUCGACGGCCCCUCAUGGAGAACUUGGUGCCACGCCCCUUCCCAAACCAGAAGCCAGUGUUCCAAAAAAGUUACAGUAUCAUGUCAAAGUACCGCAACAUGAGAGUGAUGCGACAGCGCCCUCCGUACAACAGAGCACCCCAACAACAACGCUGGUGACCAUCCCAGGUGCUUAUACUGGAGACACUGGAAAAAAUAAAUCACCAAGUUGCAUCGGCAAUGCACUCCUCUUAUUUAACAAAGCCUUGUAGGAUGAGUAUUUUUUUUUCCUUUGUAAGAUUUGAAGUAAUUUCACAACUGUUAUAAUUUAAAAAAAGUCAGCUGACAGAUGUUUAGGACUAUCUUGUUAAUUUUUAUUUUUUUGUAUUAUAUAACCCGAUGUCCUGUUUUGAGAAAUUGAGUGCAUUUCUGAGGAAACUACAUCUUCAAAAAAACACAUGGCUCCCUCUUGUAGAUAUACUGUUUUAACAUAAAUGAAUCUGUUAGUUUCCUUUCAGAAUCGAUAUUUUUCUCUGGCGUCCUAUAUUCUGUAUUAUAACUAAUUCAGAAGAAAUAAACCACUGCUCAAUUUCA